UUGAAAUUCAAUUUGUCAGUCGUCAAUAUUUCAUAUUAUAAAGUUGUUUGCACAAAUAGUAAUAAUUAGACAUGUCAGUGAAUUAAGUAAUAAGAAUAUAUUUAUGUUGCAAACACUAUACUAUACUCGUAAUUCAAAAGAUUGACAACGUCUGGCAUUUACAAAAACAAAGAUGACUGUAGGCGUGGUUGUUAGUUCGUUCAAACGAUUUUGGUGGGGCGAGGGAAGCGUGCUGAAGUUCGUGUCAAAUCGUCACGUCAGCUGUUUUCUGGUUUUGUGUGGUAGUGGAGGUCCUCUCAGCUGUUUUGUGUUUAGGUAAUGAUAGAAUUGGCCAUUAACGAAGAUAUUAAUCCCCUAGAUAUGUCUGAAACCCAACCGACAUCAUCAAGUAAUGAGCAUAUUGAUCAAAUUAUUGAAAGUGUUGAAAAACAAGAUGAAUUUCUGGAACCUGACAUUAAAAAAAGAAAAUUAUUUAACAAAUCAGAUGAAAAGAAGUACAAAUUAGAAGAGCGGCUGGGAGGAAUUUUGUGCUGCGCAGUUUGUUUGGAUCUACCUAGAGCUGCCGUUUAUCAGUGCAGCAAUGGUCACUUAAUGUGUGCCGGAUGCUUUACACAUGUAUUGGCCGAUGCAAGGCUCCGAGAUGAGACAGCCACUUGUCCCAGUUGUCGAGUGGAAAUUAGUAAAACAACGGCCACUAGAAAUUUGGCCGUAGAAAAUGCUGUAUCGGAGUUACCGGCUGAAUGUCAAUAUUGUAACAAACAAUUUCCUAGAAAUUCUUUGGCGAGACAUGAAGAAACCGAAUGUGAAGAAAGAAUUUCAGGUUGCAAAUACAGUCGUAUAGGUUGUCCGUGGAGAGGUCCGUUACAUGAAAGAUCCGAACAUGAAAAAGAAUGCGUUCAUCCGAAUCGUUCAGGAGCAGACGUUAUGGAGGCGUUGAAAGUUAUAGAUCAGGAGAUGAACGAAGAACGUGUGAUGUAUGACAGUAUAUUUGAGUUGUUGGGAUACGAGAAAAUUACCUUCAAUGAUGUGCAAUUAAAACCUUAUCGUACAGAUGAAUUUGUUCAUCGGUUAUUUUAUGAAUCAUCAAGAUUUUCUGCUUUUAAUAACCAAUGGGUAGUGAAAGCAAGAAUAAAUAACAACCAAAAAGAUCCCACUCAGAGCUCUGAAAGAGAUAUGUCCUACCAAUUGAUUUUAAAAUCAAAGUCCACUAAACCUUUAAAUUUAAGUUAUAUAGUAUUGAAGGGACCUGUUGGUGAUAUUAAUGUAAAACCAAGAAUACACGAGUUUGAAUUUACUGAACAAAAUAACGAAACGCCAUUCGUAAAAUUACCUUUACCAGAUACUCCUGAAUGUAAUCGGUUAUUGGCAGCAACCACAAUAAAUUUCAGGUUGAUAAUGUUUUCAAAGUAAACAUUUUAACUACACCAAAUGAUGUAAGAUAUUUUUCCACUCUAAUUUAAAUUAUGUAAUAAAUUCCUUGUGAAAUCUAGGGGAUUUUAAGGAUUCCAAUUAUUUGUUUUACUGGUGGAUCUCCAUUAUUAAUUGUAAAUUAUUUUUGUUUUUAUGACUUUAUCUGAAAAAAAAAGGUUUUUUUGUUAUCCAUAAAUUAUCAUGUAUGAAACUGAUAGAAUUUAUAUGCUCUCUAUGUAUAACACUAGAAUUUAUAACAAGUCCAUUCUUUAUAUUUUUUUUUAUUUUUCGACGCAUUCACAAAAUUAUUGUUUUUUUUUAUUUUUCAAAAUCAUUUUUAGUAAACUUCAAUUUAUUAAUGAAAAAAAUUUUAAAAUAUAUCACAAUCUUUCUAUGCACAUAUAGUAUGUUUAAAUAAAUCACAUCAGGAAUGUGCAUUUCUUAAAUUAUAUAUAUAAAUAUUUAGUCAUUUUAUACCCCAACACACAUAUUUAUUUUUUCAUUAUUUUUAUUAAUGUAGAAUAUUUACUUUAUUUACACUUUAUUUUAAAUUAUAAGGGUUGGGUUAGAAAUAAAAAAUGAAAAA